CAGUCUAAUGCGGCAUUUCGGUAGGUCAACAGCUGAUUCUAAGGAGACGAAAGAAAAAUCGUCGUCGGUUCUUGUUUUUUUCCCACGACGUGCCUGAUUGCGAGAAGAAGGGGGCGCGCAUGUGGGGGUGUGUGCUUUUUUUGUAGUAUUUUUCCGACGCGUUAAAAAUGUGAAAAUUUCAGUUCGAUGAAAAGUGGUUCGAUUUAAUGCAAUUACAGUGCCUAAUAGACCGGAAGAUUUUGAAUGUAUGGUUGUGAAAGUGUUCAAGUGUUUGCACAGAAGAAGAGGGUGGAAAUCGUUUGUCGAAAAUAUAAACUUGACGAAAAUACAGCCGUCCAACCAGUUUCCUGCGGGCAAGCUCGAAAGAAAAUUUAAAAUUUAAGUGGAAAACUUAUCCCAUCGCUGAUUUAUUCGUGGCAAGCAGCAGUUUGGAUUAUUCCUGAAAAUAAACAGCAAGGUCACAUCCCGCUGACCGGUAGCAGAAUCUCACAAUGACCAACAAGGAGUACCCGCAGCAGAACGGCGGCUCCCAGCCGGUUGUGGUCAACUAUAAAAAUGGCAUCAGCAAUGACGCCAUGUCCGAGUGCAGCCACAAGGCGGGCGGCGGCUCGACAAACAUGCUGAACAUCAUCUUCAAAAAGGCCGCCCAGAAAACCGUUCAGGAGGAGAGCAGCUACAAGCCGGUGUCGUACCUUCAGCUGUUCCGGUUCGCCACAUGGGGAGAAAUCUCAGCCACCGUCGGGGGCAUCCUGCUGGCUUCGCUAGCCUCCCUGGGACUGCCGUACGGUGUGAUACUGUACGGUGAGUUCACAGCCCAGCUGGUCGAGCGAACGCGAGGGAUCGGCCGAUCGCCGGAGACUUCCAUUCUGUCCAUGUUUGGAGGUGGUGAAAUUCUGAUCAAUGCCACCGAGGCGGAGAACUAUGCCGCCAUCUACGACGAUGCCAAAGCCUUCGGCCUGGGCGUGCUGUUUAUAUCGGUGAUACAGUUCCUAGCGUCGGCGCUCAGCAUCGACGUGAUCAACCGCUCGGCCCAGCACCAGAUCAGCCGGAUACGGCGCCUCUUUCUGCGGGCCGUUCUGCGCCAGGACAUGACCUGGUACGACCUGAACAGCGACGACAGCUUCGCCGUCCGGUUGACAGAUGAUCUGGACAAGCUAAAGGAAGGAAUCGGCGAGAAGCUGUCGAUCUUUACGUUUUUAGCCAUGUCCUUCACGGCCUCGGUGCUGGCCUCGUUCGUGUACGGAUGGGAGCUGACGCUGGUGGUGUUGAGUUGUGCACCGUUUAUCAUCAUUGCGACAGCGGUUGUGGCGAAGGUUCAAAGCUCACUCACCGAAAAAGAACUGAAAGCGUACUCGUCGGCGGGAACCGUCGCCGAAGAGGUGUUCAGCAGCAUCCGCACGGUGGUGGCGUUCGGAGGUGAACGCAAAGAGCAGGAUCGCUACCGAAGCCGGCUGACGUCGGCCGAAAUCAACGGCCGCAAGAAGGGCGUCUUCUCCGGCAUCGGCGGCGGCAUCAUGUGGUUCAUCAUCUACUGCUGUUACGCGCUAGCGUUCUGGUACGGGAUCAGCUUGAUCCUGGAGGAUCGCGGAAAGGACGUCGUGGACUACACGCCGGCUGUGCUGAUCAUCGUACUGUUUGGCGUGCUGGCCGGCGCGCAGAAUCUGGGCCUGUCGUCUCCUCACCUGGAAGCGUUCGCCUCGGCGAAGGGAUCGGCGGCGAGCAUCUUUUCGGUGAUUGAUCGCGUGCCGGACAUUGAUUCGCUGGGCGAGGACGGGCUGCAGCCGGAAACGCUGCGGGGGGAGAUCACCUUUAGCGAUGUUCAGUUUCGGUAUCCGGCGCGGAAGGACGUGCAGGUGCUGCAGGGGCUGAACUUGGUCGUGGAAGCGGGCAAAACGGUAGCCCUGGUGGGACCUUCCGGGUGUGGCAAGUCGACCUGCUUGCAGCUGAUUCAGCGAUUGUACGAUCCAAUGAAUGGUACCGUAACGAUCGACGGAAACAAGGUCAACGAAAUGAACAUCCGGUGGCUGCGAUCGUUCAUCGGAGUGGUCGGCCAGGAGCCGGUGCUGUUUGCCGCCAGUAUUGCAGAGAACAUUCGCUACGGAAAGCCGGACGCGGACCACCAUGAGAUUGAAGCAGCUGCCAAAAUUGCCAAUUGCCAUACUUUUAUCACUAAGCUACCGAAUGGGUAUCACACACUGAUUGGGGAGCGGGGAGCACAGCUGUCCGGAGGACAAAAGCAACGAAUUGCCAUAGCACGAGCGCUGAUCAGGAAUCCGAAGAUUCUACUGCUGGACGAAGCGACUUCCGCGCUGGAUCCAACGUCCGAGAAGCGAGUCCAGGACGCGCUGGAAAAGGCAAGCCGCGGUCGUACGACCCUGGUGGUGUCCCACCGAUUGUCAACCAUCACCAACGCCGACAAGAUCGUGUACAUCGACAAGGGAGUCGUAGCGGAGCAGGGAACCCACGAUGAACUGAUGGCCAAGAAGGGAAUGUAUUACGAUCUGGUUAUUGCAAGUGGGGCGCAAAAGCACGACGAGAACGAUGAUGAGUUGGAUGUGGUAUCGGAUGGACAGAAGGGUGAUACCACGGACGACGAUGUCGUGGGUUCGGAUGACGAGUCUGACGGUAGCAAGUCGGCCGAGGUGGUCGAGGAAGACACGGAGAAAGCGUACCCGGUGUCGAUGUUCCGGCUGCUCAAGUGGAACUCCCCGGAGUGGCCGUACAUUCUGUUCGGUUGUGCGGCUUCCAUGGUCGUCGGAUCGUCCUUCCCUACCUUCGCCGUUCUCUUCGGAGAGAUGUACGGCAUUCUUGGCCAUCGUGACGCCGAGUUUGUCCGCAGCGAGUCCAACUUCUACUCAUCGCUGUUCUUGGUCCUCGGACUCGUCACCGGGGUGGGAACCUUCUUCCAGACUUAUCUCUUCAACGUGGCCGGAGUUCGGCUUACGGCACGACUACGACAAAAGACUUUCAAGGCGAUCCUCAGCCAGGAGAUGGCUUGGUACGACGAUACCAACAAUGCCGUGGGAGCGCUUUGUGCACGGCUUUCCGGAGAUUGUGCCAGCGUGCAGGGCGCAACCGGAACUCGCAUCGGAUCGCUGCUACAGGCUGCCUCCACGAUCUGCAUCGGAAUCGGAAUCGCUCUGUACUACUCGGUCAAUCUCACGCUCGUUUCGGUGGUCGCAAUUCCGGUCGUGCUGGGAGCUAUCAUGCUGGAAUCUCGCUACAUGGAAUCCAGCGGACUGAAGGAGAAGCAAUCGCUGGAGGGUGCCAUCAAGCUGGCUGUGGAAGCGAUCUCCAACAUCCGAACGGUUGCCAGUCUGGGACAGGAGCCGCACGUUCUUGAGCGGUAUUACAAAGAAAUGGAAAAGGUUGAUGUGGCGUGUCGGAAGAAGACGCGACUUCGAGGAACGGUGUUUGCGCUGGGUCAAAUCAUGCCGUUUAUGGGCUACGGCUUGGCACUGUUCUACGGAGGCAAGCUGGUCUCGGAGAAAGAUUUGGACUACAAGGAUGUGAUCAAAAUAUCCGAAGCGCUGAUCUUCGGCGCUUGGAUGUUGGGACAAGCACUGGCCUAUGCUCCGAACGUGAACUCAGCAAUGCUAUCUGCUGGUCGUCUAUCGAAAUUGUUUGAUCGCAUUCCAAAGAUGCACAACCCGUCAAGUUCUUACAAUCCGCUGUUCCAGAAUCACGACGGUGGCAUCCAAUUCAGCAACGUCGAGUUCCGUUACCCCACGAGGCCGACCGUACCGAUUCUGCAGGGCCUGAACCUGGAGAUCAAACCUGGCCACACCGUUGCGCUGGUUGGACCGUCCGGCUGCGGCAAGUCAACGUGCAUCCAACUUCUGCUGCGCUACUACGACCCGGAAGGUGGCAAAGUGGCGGUUGACGGCGUUGCCACCACCGACUACCAGCUGGGCCGCAUCCGCGCCCAAAUGGGCCUCGUGUCGCAGGAACCAAUCCUGUUCGACCGGACCAUCGCCGAGAACAUCGGCUACGGAGACAACUCGCGUGACAUUCCGAUGCCGGAAAUCAUCGAAGCCGCCAAGCUGGCCAACAUCCACGAGUUCAUCAUCAAUCUUCCCAAGGGCUACGAAACCAGCCUCGGCGCGAAGGGCGCUCAGCUGUCCGGCGGUCAAAAGCAGCGGAUCGCAAUCGCGCGAGCGCUCGUCCGCAAUCCUCGCAUUCUGCUGCUGGACGAGGCCACGUCAGCGCUAGACAACCAGAGCGAAAAGAUUGUCCAGAACGCGCUGGAUCACGCCCGGAAGGACCGGACCUGCAUCAUGAUCGCGCAUCGGCUGACCACAAUCCAGAACGCGGACAUGAUUUGUGUAAUCCAGAACGGAGUGGUGGUGGAAAAGGGCACACACGACGAGCUGAUGGCGCACAGCAAAACCUACGCCAAGCUGUACACGAUGCAACAAGUGGCUUAAAAGUGCACUUAGACGAAUGAAAAAAAAAAAUCAAGCUCAGUAUUUAUAACCUAUUAUUUUUGUAAUUAUUUAAAAUUUGCUGAUUCAAUCAGAGAAAACUACGUGCCGUAUUGGGUGUAUGUUUCAGUACAUCCGUAGAGUUCUACGCGAACCAAAAACAGCGCAAAUUCUGGGCAGACCUCCGAAACAGCCGCAGAGUUUGCACACAUAGACUUAACCUAGUGAUACUGGAAACGCCUCCUUACUAUUAGCAUUGUAAUUUUUAUAUAUGUUUAAAAAUGCAAGCUUCUAUUUAUACUGCAGAAAAAAGAGACUUCCUAAAAGUCAAACAAGCAAGCAAAAGCAAUAAAGGUGCACGCACAGUUGAAAUUUUACACAGCACAAUGCUCUCUUUCAACUUCUUCAAUGCAUAGAAAAAAAAACUAUUCAGGCUCAUCGAACAAAUCAAACUCAAAUCUACCGUUAUAUACCAUUGAAUCUUGAAAAAGUGAUAUUUAUAAGAACUUCAAAUACUACAAGUUAACUUGAUGUUGUUGCAAUUUAUUUAUAGUUUACGUCGAAGAUAGAUCCAAUAAAUGAAUUAUUGUUGUAUUUUAAAACAAAA